AUAAAAUGUGGCAGCUGAGAUGCAAAGCUGCCUUUUGCUCCAAGGCAGGGGGGACCCAAGUGGGAUGCUAUUUCCUUUCGAGCCCAGCCUGACCCCAGCCUUCUUGGAAAAAGCUUUUUUUCCUCAGUGAGAAGGGUGUUAGCAAAUUACAUGCAGACUUUUUGCAUCAAGUGUCAGCCUGAGAGGGAACUGAAUUUUCUUCCAGUUUGCUUAAGUUCAACAUUGUCUUAUGUGUUUGGAUUCUAAUGGAGUGAACUAGUCCAAUGGCCAAUUCGGGGAAAUUACCUUUAAGAAGAUCCUUUAGCGAACACAUUAAGGAUUCUACCAACAAGGCAUGGGACAUGUUCUGGAAGAGCACGAGGGAGAAACGUCUCUCAGAAAUUGAAGCAAAGGAAGCCUGCGACUGGCUAAGAGCAGCUGGAUUCCCACAAUAUUCGCAGUUAUUUGAAGACUCCCAGUUUCCAAUAAACAUUGAUCUUGUGAAAACGGAUCAUGCAUUUCUGGACAGGGACGCCAUCGAUUCCUUGUGCAGGAGACUGAACACUUUAAACAAAUGUGUGGAAAUGAAGCUCGAGAUUGGUCGGCAAAGGAGAAAGAGUGAUGACUCAGAAGAUGAGGACCCAUGUGCCAUCAGCACAAAGUGGACUUUUGAAAGACACAGCCGGAGGUGGUCACGUUUGGACGGCUUAGAUUUCUCUCAGGCCGAUGAUUUUUUCACUGGUGUAAGCCCAGAGAGCUCCUGCCUGAAGAACGCAGACAGUGAAGAUGCGGCCUUUUCGGACAGCGGGGAAAAGCAUGAGGUGUGCUCCUUGCAUAGCUCAAGUAGCACUGACAGUGAUGGCCUCAGUGUCCCCAAGGCCAGUGAGGAUUUAGAAAACAGCAGGAGCUCUUCAAGGAACUCCUCGAUCAAAGCCACAUCUCCAAAUACUUGCUUUAGCGGACCACCCUCCCCAAAUGACCUUCUCGUUUCUGGUGGGGAAGACAAAGUUUGUGACAAGCUAGUUGUUAAAAAAAGGGGAAAGAGUUUGCUGAAGAAAAUGGAAAAGCUGCGUAUGAGGAGCUCAAGCUUGAGGAGGCCUUCACAUGUCAAGGGGAGAUUGCUGAUCAGUGGGCCAGUUUUACAGGAAGGCUUUGAUGAAGAGAAGCUAAAACGCUUUAAUUGUGUGGAUAUCUCAGAACUUCAGGAUGACAGCAGAGGUAAUUUUUCCUUCCCACCAUCCUGUAGCAGCAGCAGCCCAUCAGAAAGCAGCAGUGUGGUUAGCACACCCAGCCCAGAAAUCCGCAUCCGGAGCCUUGGGAAGCGGGUUGGGAUAAAUAAAGAAGCAAUGGCUGACAGUUUGUCAAAUGGAAACGAGCAAAGCUAUGAAAGUGAAGAACUCAUACAAAACAAAUUGAUGUUUCAGGUCCCACAUGGACAUAAACCUGGAACGUUCCCAAAAGCUCUAACUCAUAAUGUCUUGUCCCCCAUAGACAACACAUCUGUAAAUUGGAGAACUGGUAGCUUUCAUGGCUACAGAGGGGGCAGGUCAAGGACUAAUGCCUCAAAAGACCACGAGCCAGUCUCUAGCCCCUUGGCAACUGUUGACAACCGAAUCAGUAUUUAUGACAAUGUCCCAGGCGUCCAUGUUCAUCAUUCAAAAACUGAGCUGCCAGCAGGAAUAGAAGACGAUGACGUCUUUUCAGAGCUGGAUGAUGUCAUGGAACGCAUCAAUGGACUUCAGCAGUUAGUCAGUCAGUGGACAGAGAAAAUGUCUGACGAUGGGGACUCAGAUUUUGCCAAUGACUCCACAUCCCCAUGCCCAUCAUCCCCUAAUGAAAUUCAUCUCGAAAUCAAUCAGCAUCUAGAAAAUGAUCACAUAGGCUCAGAAAUGGACGUGGACAAUUUGGACAAAAGUUCCCUUGAGCUUGGGUCCGCAGAACUUGAUUUCCUAAGGGAUUCUGGUGUUGGAUCAUCCUUAACACACCCAAACAGGCAGCAGAAGUUACACUGGUUGAGUGAGCAAAGUCUACACGGAGAGACGUCCGGCCUAAGCAUUGACAGCCAGACGACGGCCCAGCUCAAUCUGCUGCAGAAGCUGGCAUUGCUAAAACUCACUGCCCUGAUGGACAGAUACUCCCCAUCCAGCAAGCAAGGCUGGAACUGGACAGUACCAAAGUUCAUUCGAAAAGUGAAGGCUCCGGAUUACAAAGACAAAUACGUAUUUGGUGUUCCGCUGCUUCUAAAUGCACAGAGAACUGGAAGUGCUUUGCCCCCAAGUAUACAGAAGGCCAUGACCUACCUCCAAAGCCACUGCCUCGACCAGGUCGGCUUAUUCAGGAAAUCUGGAGUAAAGUCGCGCAUCCAGUAUCUGAGAGAGAACAGUGAGAUGGACCCGGACAACAUGAGCUAUGAGGGCCAGUCAGCCUUCGAUGUGGCCGAUAUGCUGAAGCAGUACUUUAGAGACCUCCCGGAGCCCAUUUUCACAAGCAAGCUUUGUGAUUCUUUUCUCCACAUAUACCAAUAUCUCCCCAAAGAUCAGCAGUUUGCGGCAAUCCAAGCUGCCAUCCUCCUGCUGCCAGAUGAAAACCGUGAAGCUCUUCAAACUCUUCUCUACUUUCUCAGUGAUGUUGUCGCUUGUGUUGAAGAAAACCAAAUGACUCCGACCAACAUCGCUGUGUGUUUGGCUCCAUCACUUUUCCACCUCAACAGCCUUAGGAAAGACAGCACAAAUACGUUAAGGUCCACUCAGAGGAAGUACAGCCUUGGCAGGCCCGACCAGAGGGACCUCACUGAGAACCUUGCUGCUACCCAAGGCCUGGCCCACAUGAUUGCAGAAGCAGCCCGUCUGUUCCAGCUGCCCAAAUACUGGCUAUUCCAGCAGGUGAAUUCCCUCACUGAAGAGGCCGAGCAUUGUGGGAGUUCAGCAAGUGAAUCCGAGUGCAGCCGACGUGCCUACUUGGAGGCGUCUGUUCAGACCAUACUGAGGGAGGCCAGAGAGAAAUACAAAGCUUGGGUGACCUGCACAAGUUCGGAGCAAGUGGACUUAGCUUUUAAAAAGGUGGAUGAUGGCAAUCCUUUACGCCUCUGGAAAAGUUCAACUGAGGUGGAUGCUUCCCAGGAAGGGGUUUUUCACCGGAUACUGAGAGAACAAAAACUGUGGGAUCCAAACCUGCAAACUUCUAAAGUCAUUGAAACUCUGGAUAAAGAGACUGAGAUUUUUCACUAUACAAGCAAAGGCAGCGUCCCCUAUCUGCCAAGGGACCACGUCAUUCUGAGGUGCUGGCAGAGUGACCCUCAAUCUGGUGCCUAUAUCCUAGCAGCUACCUCUACCGAUCACGAAGAUGCCCCCUGCAAUGGUGUCCGUGGUGACGUCCUCAUGUGCCACUACCUUAUUGAAAGCAUUGGACUCUGUAAAAGCCGCCUGACUCACUUCUGUAGGACAGAUUUAAGGGGAAAGAUGCCUGAAUGGUACAACAAAGUGUUUGGCUACCAGGUUGCUGCUAAAGUAGCCAGGAUACGAGAUUCUUUCAAGCCUCAAAUAAAAGAGACAAAAAUCUAACUAACUCUCUGUACCUGCGAUUAAUAUUUAAUUUAAAAGAAAUAAAAAAAGGCAAAGGCACUUUAUGCAGGAGGAGAAACAUGCAAUCACCUUAACGGACUCUACGACGACACUGUAGCCCAUCCAGUCUCCAGUUUGUGUGAACAGACACUUGACUCGAUGGUGUAACCAGUAGGCACACUGGGAGCACUGGAAACAAGGAGCUGGGCAGCAAACGACGGCUCUGCUUCUCUGGACUGGCUUGUGCUCAGCUCAUCCACAGGGGGGCCCCCUUUGAUGGCCCCGAGGAAUAAUAAUAAUAAUGGUGGUAAUAAUAAUAAUAAUAAUAAUAAUACUAAUAAUAAUAAAGGUCUUAUCAUUUGAUUACAUGUGUGAGAGAGUCCAAUUUAAUAUUCAGUUGUUACAUUUUCAAAAAUAUAUGCAGAGUUUUGCUUGAUGAAGUAUACACCUCCAGAUAUCAAUCCACAUUUAUUUUUAUAUGUGUGUUAUUAAGCUUGUGUUUUUUUAGAUGUUUUAUUGAAGCCUGAAGAGUAGAAUAAAGCAAAAUGUCAAAAUAAAAUAUGAAAAAUGUUCACUAGACGUAUUAAAUGUACAAAGCUUUCCUUGUAAUACAAAGCAACUCUUCUGAUGAUUGGAUGUUUGAAAUGUAUGAGCAGAUGCAAAUGCGGGCCUGUUUCACAUUAUCUGAAUGUAUGAGUGUAUUUAUCUUACUAUUUAAAAAGAGAAAAACAAUAAAUGGAACAAAAGGAAAAGUUCAAUAAAAUAUUUAACAUAGUUGUCUCCA